AUGCUCGUAUCUCCGAUCACCACCAAGUCGACCGAUCGCUCGAGCGAGCAACCAGAUACCGAAGAUCCAGAUCACGUAGCAGCGCCUCAGCUCAUCGUAAAGCUGAAGCACCGGGCUACUUCGAGCACACCAGCAACAACAGCGACUAUUAUGGACAGCGGCGACGCAGUUUCUGAAGGUCAAGAUGGUGACAAGGGUUCUAAGGUACAGGCAUCGGCGAGCAUGGCGAGCGCGAUUAAAGAGCCGGAGAAAGAGACCUUGGACAAGGCAAGGAACAGCUACGUACAUGCUCUGCUCAGUCACAAGCGUAAACGAGGCGAAGACGAGGUCUCUGAGCUGGAGGACUUGCGAAAGAAGUUCGCGCGACAAGAAGAGGAAAACGCCAGCCUUCGUCAGGACGUCGAGAAGUCCAAGUCUGACAGCGAGCUGCUGAAGGAGCUGAAGGGGCGGUGGAAACACUUCGCGGCGAGGAUCAAGAGCUAUGAAGAUACCAUCAUGAAGUACGCGAAGUCCGCCGAAGCCUGCAAGCCGAUCAUUCUGGACGCUAUCGAGAGCAAAUGGUACGCAGAGCUAGGCGGUCAUGACGACAAGGAACGCAAGUUGCUGGCGGCAGAGAAAGCUCUUGCGGACUACAAGGAGCUGUUCGAAGUCUCAGACACCGCACUAUCAAAGAAAUGA